AUGCUGCGAAACUCGGAACUACAAGGAAUGAGAAUACCUGGAGUAGCAGACAAGAUUAUUACGACGCUAUUCGCGGACGACACCACCGUGUACUUGUCAAAGCAUGACUCAUUCGAGAGCCUCCAGACCAUAUUGGACAAAUGGUGCCAAGUGUCUGGGGCAAAAUUCAAUGUCCCCAAAACGGAGAUCAUUCCCGUUGGGACAACUCAGUACAGAAAAGACUUUUACGAUGAGCGCCGAAUGGGACCACACCAGACUCCAAUCGCUGACAAUAUACACAUACUCAAGGAUGGAGAGGCAGCGAGGAUCCUAGGCGGGUGGGUCGGGAACAAGACAAACCAUGGCGCCCCAUGGGCAAGAAUCGUUGAGAAGAUUGAAGCCAGCUUGAAGAGAUGGAACAGGACGUACCCCACCAUGGAAGGACGACGGCUGAUUGUACAAAUGAUAGUCGGCGGUAUGACUCAGUACCUCACGAAAAUACAAGGAAUGCCAAUAGAUAUAGAAACACACCUUACAAAAAUCAUUAGGACCUUCAUGUGGAACGGAGAGAGCACACCGUCCAUAGCCCUCGACACCCUAAUGAAGCCGAAACCAUCAGGGGGGAUGAACUUAUUGCACCUCAAGGCAAGAAACGAGGCUAUAGAACUCACCAACCUAGGGGAAGGCACUCCGCACACCGUACCUACAGAAGUGGUUCCCUAA